CUUUGUGGGAAGAUUUUAUAUCCUUCUACUGCCUCUUCAUCUUCUUUACAUAGACCAAAAGCCAAAAAGCCAAAUCAAAAUCCUAACUCACUCCGAGGGAGAGACGACGCAGAAUCUUCUCUCUAAUUCGCCGGUUAUCAACUUAUUUUGUUUCUUUUGAUGUGAGAUAGAGAGAGAAAGAUAGAGAAUGGGUUGUUUGCAUUCGAAAACUGCUCAUCUUCCUUCUCCUGAUGAUCCAUCAGUUCCAAACAAACCAGAAUCAGUUAAUGAGGAACAAGUAGAUCAGGAGAAUCAAGUUCCAGUUUUCAAAGAGUUUGAUCUAAGUGAAUUGAAGAAAGUAACGAACGGGUUUAGUCCCAGCUGCAUUGUAUCUGAAGGUGGAGAGAGAGGUCUCAAUGUGGUUUACAGAGGAAAGCUUGAAGGCAAUCGUCUCGUCGCCAUCAAGCGAUUCUCUAAACAGUCCUGGCCUGAUGCUCAGCAGUUUGUGGCGGAGGCGACUGGUGUUGGUAAACUUAGAUUCAAAAGAUUGGUUAAUCUGAUUGGUUGUUGUGCUGAAGGAGAUGAGAGAUUGUUGGUAGCUGAGUAUAUGCCUAAUGAUACACUCUCAAAGCAUCUUUUUCACUGGGAAAAACAGCCAUUUCCUUGGGAAAUGCGUGUUCGAGUUGCAGAUUUUAUCGCACAAGCACUUGAUUAUUGCAACAUCGAAAACAGAAAGCUUUAUUAUGAUUUAAAUGCAUACAGAAUCCUGUUUGACGAGGAAGGUGAUCCUCGUCUAUCAACUUUUGGUCUUAUGAAGAAUAGUAGAGACGGUACAAGCUACAGUACCAACUUAGCUUAUACGCCACCCGAGUUUUUACGGACAGGUAGAGUCAUUCCUGAAAGUGUAAUAUACAGUUAUGGAACCAUUCUUAUAGAUCUUUUGAGUGGCAAACACAUUCCACCGAGUCAUGCUCUUGACAUAAUAAGAGGGAAAAAUGUGUUGCUACUAAUGGAUUCAUCACUUGAAGGGCAAUAUGAAAACGAAGACGCAACUAAACUUGUUGAUCUUGCAUCAAAAUGUCUUCAGUCUGAGGCAAAAGAUCGUCCUGAUACCAAAUUUCUUCUCUCUUCAGUGGCACCACUACAAAAGCAGAAAGAGGUUGCUUCUCAUGUCUUGAUGGGUUUGCCUAAGAAUAGAGUUAUACUACCAACUCUGCUUUCUCCUCUUGGAAAGGCUUGUUCCAGAAUGGAUCUUGCGGCUGUUCAUGAGUUUUUGCUUAAAGCCGGUUACAGAGACGAUGAAGGAGCGGAGAACGAGCUUUCAUUUCAAGAAUGGACACAACCAGUGCAGGAGAUGCUCAACACAAAGAAAUUUGGAGACGUUGCUUUCAGAGACAAGGACUUCAAGAUCGCUAUUGAAUGUUACUCAAAGUUGGUGGUGAUGAUGUCUGUUCCAUCUGCGACGGUUUUCGCAAGACGGGCAUGCUCCUACUUAAUGACGAAUCAACUGGAGCUUGCGCUGAGAGACGCAAUGCAAGCUCAAGUUUGCAUACCGGAGUGGCCUACUGCGUUUUAUCUGCAAGCUUUAGCUCUUUCAAAGCUUGGAAUGGAGACCGAUGCUAAUGAUAUGCUUAACGAUGGUGCUGCGUUUGAAGCUAAGCGACAACAACAGAACAGUUGGCGUUGUUAAAACGGAAGAAACAGAGAGAAAAAAGAAAGUUCCAAAUAUUUUUAUGGGUCCUUUCUAGAAACUGAAUCUAUUUUGUGUUCAUUUGAUUUGAAUGGGUAUAAUAAGCUAGAGACACAUAUUUAUAUCUAAUAUAUUAUUUUAAAUCGUUUUCUGCUA